AUGGAGAGCACAGGGACCCCUUUGCCCACCCCAUCCUUGAAGGGGCGGCUCCAGCCCACUGUGGUCCUGACUACCCUGAGUGCGUCCUUUUGCUCGGCCUUCCAGUACGGCUACAACAUCGCUGUGGUCAACACGCCACACAAGAUCCUGAAGUCGUUUUACAAUGAUACGUACUUUGAGCGACAUGGAAUGUUCAUGGAUGAGAAUGCCCUGCUUCUCCUGUGGUCUUGCACCGUGUCCAUAUUCUGUUUGGGCGGCUUGUUGGGGUCAUUGAUUGUUGGCCUGAUGGUUGAUAAGUGUGGCAGAAAGGGAACACUGCUGAUCAACAACAUCUUCGCUAUCGUUCCCGCCAUCCUGAUGGGACUCAGUAAAGUGGCCCAUGCUUUUGAGCUGAUCAUCUUCUCUCGAGUGCUGCUGGGAGUCUGUGCAGGCAUCUCCUACAGCACUCUUCCCAUGUAUGUGGGAGAAGUGGCUCCCAAGAACCUGAGGGGCUCGUUGGGGACGAUGAUCGAGGUGUCUGUCAUCACUGGAGUUCUCCUGGCACAAAUCUUCAGCCUGCAGAGCAUCCUGGGCAACGCCACAGACUGGCCGGUGCUCUUGGCUCUCACUGGGGUCCCUGCGGUGAUUCAACUGGUCUCCCUUCCCUUCUUCCCCGAGAGCCCCCGCUACACCCUGAUUCAGAAAGGAGACGAGAAAACUGCACGCCAAGCUCUCAGGAGGCUGCGAGGCCACAACUACGACGUGGAAGCGGAGAUGGACGACAUGCGCAGGGAGGAGCGCGCCGAGAGAGCCGAGGGCCGCCUGUCUGUGCUCAACCUGUUCACCUUCCGGCCCCAGCGCUGGCAGCUGCUGUCUGUCAUCGUGCUCAUGGGUGGCCAGCAGCUGUCCGGGAUCAACGCGAUCAAUUACUACGCAGACAUCAUCUACAUCUCGGCUGGUGUGGAGGCCAUUCAGUCCCAGUAUAUAACUGUGGGGGCUGGUGUGAUCAACCUAGUGAUGACCCUCGUCUCGGCUUUCCUCAUAGAGCGUGUGGGGCGCCGAAUCCUCCUGCUGGUCGGCUAUGGCAUCUGUGGCUCCUCCUGCCUGGUGCUGACAAUGGCUCUUCUCUUCCAGAGCACAGUCCCUGAGCUGUCUUACCUUAGCAUCAUCUGCGUCUUCGCCUAUAUCUCGGGACAUUCCAUUGGGCCCAGUCCUGUCCCCUCAGUGGUAAGAGCAGAGAUCUUCCUGCAGUCUUCCCGGACGGCUGCUUUCAUGGUGGACGGGACUGUGCAUUGGUUCACCAACUUCAUCGUGGGCUUGGCAUUCCCAUCCCUCCAGGUAGCCAUUGGAGCCUACAGUUUCAUCAUCUUUGCUGUGCUCUGCCUGCUCACUGCUAUCUAUAUCUACCUGGUGAUUCCUGAGACCAAAGGCAAAACAUUUGUGGAGAUAAAUCACAUUUUUGCCAAGAGAAAUGGUGUAGAGAUUCCAGAAGAGAAAGAAGUGACCAAGGCUGAACCUCACAUGCUCCCUAUGCCUGCCAAGGAAACGUCCUUUUAA